AUGUAUAGUGGCCAAUCAAUUAAUUUUCGAGAAGAUUGCUACAACAAUAAUGAUCAAUAUGGAUUUUUUAUUAAGUCAACUAAGCGAUUUUUACGUAAUCAAUCCAUACCAUUUCUUUCGUCGUGGAAGAUAUUUGUAAAUCAGUUAGGCCCAUUUUGGCCGACAGAAUAUCCUAUAAAAUAUCCAACGCUUUUACAUUUAUCUCGAACAUCAAAGAAAACAAACUCAAAAGAAUAUUAUCAUUUUUUAGAAACAAAUAAUAAUCGACAAACUUAUGAUAAUCAACCAGCUAUAUCGAAAUAUAAAGAUAUAUUAAAACAUCCUGUUAUUGUUUAUGAUAUGGAUAGAUCACUUCGAAAUCAACUAAUAAAACAAUGCGACAAUGAUCAACAAUGUCCUCAAUUAAUAUUUGAAUCACGAUUUGAAGGUGGAAACUUGCGGCAAGUAAGACGUGUAGGGCAAUUUGAAUAUGAACUUGUUCUUCGAACCGAUCUUUACACUCGAAGACACACACAAUGGUAUUAUUUUCGUGCACAAAAUAUGAUUGCAAAUGUAACCUAUCGGUUUCGAAUUAUUAAUCUAAUGAAAAAAAGUAGUUUAUAUAAUGAUGGCAUGCAAAUUCUUCUAUUCUCUGAAGUUGAUGCAAAAAGAGAAUGCCGCAGUUGGUAUCGUGUCGGUCAUCAUAUUAGUUAUUCCGAAUACAAACAACGUACACACAAUCCAUUACUCGAACGAGAUAUUAAUUAUUAUGAACUUGAUUUUCAAUUUGAAUUUCCACAUUCUGGUGAUACAUGUUACAUAGCUCACUGUUAUCCGUAUACAUUCACAGAUCUAAAAGAUGAUUUAGAAUAUUUAUCAACGAUACGGCCACGUGAAAUAUUUCGUCGAGAUAUAUUAUGUGAAUCACAAGCAGGAAAUUCGUGUUUUAUAAUCACUGUGACAGAUGAAUCUGUACCACUACAUAAAAAGAAAUUUGUUAUUUUAACUGCCCGAAUACAUCCAGGUGAAACGAAUUCAAGUUAUAUGAUGCGCGGUCUACUUGAAUUUAUAACAUCGAAUGAUAAAAUUGCUCAAAAAUUACGAUCUGAAUUAGUUUUUAAAAUUGUACCUAUGAUGAAUCCAGAUGGCGUCAUUGUUGGUAAUUAUCGAUGUUCAUUAACAGGAAAAGAUAUGAAUCGUAAUUUUCGUCAUCCACGCAAACAAACAUUUCCAAUUAUUUAUCAUAUCAGAGAAUUAAUACAAAAUCUACAAAGACAACGCAGAGAAAUUUUGGUUUUUUGUGAUCUUCAUGGUCAUAGUCGAAAAUCAAAUGUAUUUGCAUACGGUUGCGAUGGAUGUGAUGGGCCACAACCAGAUAUGAAGAAAUUUCUAUAUGCUCGAGUUUUACCAUUUAUUAUGUCGAGAACGGCUCCCGAUAUGUUUGCGUUUGAUUAUUGUAAAUUUCAUGUACAUCGAUGUAAAGAAUCAACUGGUCGUGUUGUUAUGUGGAAAGAAAUGUUAAUUAAAAACAGUUUUACAUUGGAAGCAUCAUUUGCUGGAUCGAGUAUUCUAGAAAAGCCAUGCCAUUUUAAUAUACAAGAUUAUGAAAAAUUUGGAGAAUCCAUUUGCAAAUCAUUGAAACAAUAUUUAGACGUUUUAUAUGAUUCAACACGAUUAGAAUCAAUAUUUAUGGAUAUAACAAAAACUGUUCUUCUCAGAUUAGAUAGACAUAGAAUUCCACGCCAACUAUUAUCUUAUCUCUAUCCUGACGAACAAAAAAACGAGGAAUUUACAGUAUCAAUGGAUUCUGUUUCGAAUUGUUUAGAAAUCUUAACACAAUUUCAUGAAACAAUUAAUGAACAAGAUGAUUCAAGCUCAAGCGAUUCUGACAGCGAUCCCGAAGGUGGUGAACUAUCUGAUGUAGCCUAUCCGAAAGAGAGACAAACAGUAAAGAAAAAAUCAAAGAAAAAACGAUCCGAUAAACCGAUUGAAGAAAUCAGUCAAAAAUUAAAUCGCAAACGUCAGACUAAACGUUCAAAAUCUAUAAAAUCAUCAUUUAAAUUGGCAAAAGAUGAAUUUAAUAAUCAAAAUCAAACACGUGUAUCGUAUCCGUUUACAUCAGAUAUUGAUAUUAAUUCACAAUUAAAACUUACACUAGCUACUGAUCAGAUGGAUCAAACAGUUCAGAUGUUACCUGAACGAGGUACUUUGUUUAAAAGCAAAUAUGCAAGACGAAAUGGACAUGGAUUACCAAUUUUUACAACGGAACGAGCUUUAGAGAGAAAAUAUCAGAAAAGAAGCGAUUCUGCUCUACAAAAUGCCAAUAAUGAUCAACAACCGACCGACGAAUAUGAUACAAAUAUUCGCAAUACAGGUGUCUUUUUUAUAAAAAGUCAUUGUUCUCAAAUUGAUACUCCAACAAUUAAUAAUCAAAAUAUAAAUGUAAAACAAGUAACAUCACAUGUGCCUUCACCUCGUAAUGAAUUAUCUCAUUUAUCAUGUGAUCAAAUAAUGAACAAUUCACGUACAUCACCAUCGACAACGGUUCAAAAUUCAUCACAAAAACGAUUACAAAAUACUCAUCGGUUUCAACAACAAACUAAUAAUAAAUUCUUAAAUAGAUUUGAAUUUGAUCAAACAAAUAAUAUUUCACCAGCAAUCAUAACGAUGCCAAAUUUAAUGGAAUUUACACGACGUCUGAGUUGUUCAUCAUCCAUUCAUGAUAAUGAUAUGACAACGAUGGAUACACAAAUUAAUACAACAAACAAAUUUUCCUCGGUACCAAAACAUGAAACACCUAUUUUACAUAGAAAAAUGUUUAUAGUUACUCCUAAUAAGAAUCUACAACGAACAUUUUCACAAAAAAUAAACAAUUGUCUUGUUAAACAACCAAAAACUUCAUUAGAUUAUUUCAUUAAAGAACGAUCAAUCAGCAAUCUACAAGAAAAUAAUAAUCACACACAAUUGAAUACAACUGAAAGCUUUACUCAAAAUCUUAAAAAACAAUUUUAUAUUCCAUUUGAGACAAAUAAAAGAUCAUAA